GCUGUAAAAUAAUGAAAAGUUCCUCAAGAGCUUUUGAUCUUUAUAGAAAUUUUUAACACAGAAAUUUUAUUACAAUGAUCUUUAUUAAAAUAUUUUUUACAACUUGGGAAAUAUGAUGUAGAUGUCAGAAAUUUUUUUCUAAUGUAUCGGAGCUAUUACUAUGUUGAGAUUUUCAUAUUAUUAUUAUUAUAUUAUGCUGGGUGGAAUAUACCAUCUAAAAAUGUUUUCAAAUGUUCAAGAAUAAAAUCUCGUCUUGUUCGGAUGAUAAUUUACAAGAAAGUUUUGCCCAUUCUUCAUCGCUAUAAACUAUCACUCCCUCUCUCCUGUCCAUUUCAUAGUGAACGUGAUAUUUUAUGGUGGCCUGACAUUCAGAUUGAUUUUCAGGAUGGACAGUGGGUUUGUCCUUUUUGUGGUCAAAUAUUUUCAUCUGAAGACCUUGUAACGAAACAUUAUGAUCAAAAACAUCUCAUUCAUCAAGCUGAAGAAUCAGUUUGCUUUGCUAAUUUUUGUGACAUCUUUCGAUGUGAAGUGAUAUUGGCUACUUUAGAGGCUGAGAAGAAUAAGUUUGAAUGGGAUAAGUUUCCUAGUUUCCCAUAUUCACAGAAUAGAAGUAAUUGUGAUGAUAAAAAGAUGUUCUUGCUCCAAAAAAAAUGCAAGAAUGUUAUGAGGCAAUGCUUACUUGAUCUCCUCCAGCCUCUUUCCAUUAAAGAUUAUCAAGAUAUUGAAGAUGAAGUGAAUCGAGCAAUAUGUUCAUACCUCACAUGUAAUAAAUAUUCUGAUGGAUCAUUACAAGUGGUUCAGCCAGUACCUGUUCUUGUUGGUGUAAUUGUAGGAUUUGUCCUGAUUGGUGGCUUUUGCUUGUGUUAUUAUGUCGUAUAUAUUCUUUCAUGUCCUGAAUAUUCCAUCAGCAAUGAUUCAUUCUGCAAUGGAGCUACUCAGAUGCGAUCUUUAAAGAAUAAUCAGUAUUUUGACAACUGUGUGCAUCUUCAAAAUAGAAAGGGUAGACAUCGCAUUCAAAGAUAACUUUACUUCUUUUUUCAUCUGAGAUUCAAUAUUUUAUAAGUGCUUAUUAUUUCGUGUUGAUUUAGUUUCAAUUUUAUGAUAAAUUCUUUUUGUUUCAUACCUAUUAUAAACAUAUCAUUUUAUGUUCCAAAAUAUGAAGGCAAAAACUACUGCAUUCGACUUUCGGGUGCAGUAUAAACAAGUACUUUUCAUUUUGAAAAUGUGUGAAAUAUCGAUUUCAAUAUUUAGAAUGAAAAGAAUUUUGAUCAUAUUUUUGUUUUAGAAUUUUA